ACGCGCUAUGAAGCUCUGACCAACUUAGGAAUUCGCAUGGUUGCAUACAGCCCAAAACUUUUGUACCAAUUCUUGAUUUGUAUAUAACCUAAAUAAGCAAUUAUUACUCAAUACAAAAACCAAACCCCAAAACACGCAGCUGCAAAAAUUCCAUAUAAAUCCGCCCCAUUAUUCUCCUCUUCCACUCUCUUCGAUUGGUGGGAGGGAAAUUACCCAAAGGGAAAAUUCGAGAAAAGGGUUUCCCUUUUCUCAAUUUUUUCUUCCUCCUCUCUUUCUCUCUCUCCCCUCGCUGCGCGCCGGAGGAGUCAUCGUAUGUACUUUAAUUAGUCAUUUUUGGUGUAUAGAUACGAAUAAUAUACGUAUCUAGGUAGUUUUGAACAAUUUUUGUGUAGAUUUUUGGGAUAUGGAUUUGACUUCGCAAUCGGCGGCUGAAUCUGACGGCAACGGCGUCGUGUUGCAGCGGAAGGCUGUUGAUGAGCACCAGCAGCCGCCGCCGCCCUACGUUUCGAUGGUGGAUCCGUUCCUCGUGGAGGCUCUUCAGAACCCUCGUCAUCGUCUAACUAUUCUACGAAUGGAGCUUGAUAUACAGAAGUUCCUGCAUAAUUCAGACAUACAGCAGUUUGAGUUUCCGCACUUCCCAACUUCAUACCUUCGUCUUGCUGCUCACCGCGUUGCCCAACACUAUGGUUUGCAGACUAUGGUUCUGGAUAAUUCUGUGGAUGGCCAAGGAAUCCGGAUUCUGGUUAUAAAGAAAGCAGAGAGUAAGUUUCCUGUUGUUUGCUUAUCAGAUGUACCAGCUAAAAAGUCAGAAAACGACAAACUUGAUCAACUCAAGAUUGUCAUAAGGCCGAGACCUAAAGGUUCCUCAAAUAACUCCAAUGAACUGGGGCUUAGACGCAGUCCAGUGAGAUCUGUGGAAGAGAGGAAGGAGGAGUAUGACAGAGCGAGGGCUCGUAUUUUUAGUAGUCCAAGUAGUUCCGAAUCAGAAGAUACAUCCUUUCAGGUUUGUUCUGAUGGGAGGAAUCUGAUGGUAAAUGAGAACGAAGUUUCUAGAAACCUCGCUAUUGAUGUGGAUAAAAACUCCUACUUCAGGGAAGUAGGUAAUUCUUCUAGAGUAGCCAUUCUUAGGGACAGGGAAAAAGACCGAAGUGACCCUGAUUAUGAUCGCAGUUAUGACAGAUACAUUAGGAGCCUUCCGAACAACCAGAGUUUCAACGUAGCACCUUUCAAUGUGCAGAAAUUUCAGCCUCCAUUUGUCCAUUACGAUUCUGUUUUCCCUCAUCACGGUCAGAUGCCAGCACCUCAAGGCUCUCUUAACUAUGGCAAUCAUGUGAUGGGCCCUUACUGUGCCAUGGGGUUGAAUCCUGCUUCUAGCGAUGCCUUGUACGUGCAAUGGCCAACUCAGUCCAUGAUGUAUGCACAGUCGUAUGAUCAACUAAGACAUGGCUUUUUUCAGGCUCCCUUCUGUCAGCAACCUCUGAGUUUUGAUUACUCACAGAAUCACCGAUGACAGAUGGAAUUUAGCUGGGGGAAUGUUUGUGUUACCAUAGGGAGAGACCUCGUUUAGGUUAUAGCGUUGAACGACAAUCGAACUUUGUCUUGUGAUUUAGUUUCCCUUUGUUGAUUCUUCUCCAUUUGUUGUAAGGUUGUAGCAGAUAAAACUUCAGUAUGUACCAAUUUUAAUUUGCUUCUUGGGAGACCAAACCUCUAUUCCUAUUUGCAGAUAUUUCUGAUUUGGAUUUGUUA